UUUUUUUUUUUUUUUUUUUUUUUUUGGACGCGCCAGAAGAAAUCGAAAAGAGAGCUGAAGGCGAGAGAGAACCGGAUUAUCACCAAUAGCAAUCUCAGCAGAUUUCCCUCGCUUAGCGCCGUGUCCCUGGACUGUCGCGCUGCUGGUUGCACCUCGCUUCUUCCAUUAUCUCCGCUUGUUUAUUCCUCUGUUUAUCUUCGUGUUUUGCGACAAGGAAGGGGUUUGCCGUCCGUCUCACCCGCCUGAUCUUAUUAUCUCUUAUUCCUGCAGAUUCGGUGGUCUGCUGCGAUCGAAAUUCCUUGCAGGACUGGACUUGCUGUUUGGUAUUGUUUGUCAGUUCAAGAACUAGACGUCCACUGCGUUUGAUUUUGCCUUGUCGAGGCACUUCCCCACCUAUAGUCAGUCGCGCAGCUUUAUACCUGGGUUAUAUCGCGGGGUCAAGAUGGUGUCUUUUUCGUGCGAGGCCUGUGGUGACAUCCUCACCAAGAAGAAGCUCGACCCUCAUCGCAACCAAUGUCGCGGCGCAUCUUUCACCUGCAUUGACUGCAUGGUGCACUUCCAAGGCACCCAGUAUAGGUCGCAUACGUCCUGCAUGACCGAGGCGCAAAAGUACGAGGGUUCCCUCUACAAAGAAAAACCGAAGAAGAACCAAAGCCAGCGCAAGGGCCAGAACAAUUCGCAGCAAAACCAGAACCAAAAUCAGAAGCAGAAUGGCAAUGGUCACCGCGCGCCCUACGUUGAAGAUGCCACCGAUGUCGACAAUCCUAAAGCGAACGCGGCGCCCCCGCCUGCUCCGACACCCCCCGCGAAGGGCAACCAAAAGUCAACCACCAAUGCGACGGAGCAGAAAGAUGACAAGCACGUGAAUGUAUUCGACUUCCUAGUCGCUGAGAACACUCCCAAUGCGUCCAAGGUCUCGCUUGGCGGGUCGAAGGAGCAGAUGCAGAUGGUGGACCACGCGCCCUCGGUCUUCGAACCGAGUAAGGCCCUGGCACACCUUAACACCGAAACAGAGGAUGAGGGCAAAUUCUAUGACGUGGCUUACGAGGAGAAUGGAUUUUCUUACGGUGCCGAACCGAUCUCUCCGUCCGCGUAUCCCAACAAGAAGACUGCCAAUGCUUCCGUGGAAUUCAUGACUCCGGCCCCCAAGAAAAAGAAGGGUCGUUCGCGCGCGGAAAACGGAGAUGCGAGCGCCGCCACCAGUGACAAGAAGAGGAAGCGUCGCACUGAGGACCAUGAUACGGAGGAUGCCGAUACUCCUAUGCUGGAUGCGCCGUCGAGCGUUGUCAAUCACCCGGGCACUCCCAUGCUGAACCACUCCGGACUGACCGGAGGUCUGAAUCGGAUGAUGCGAUCGCCGUCUCUGGAUGGGGAGGAGGAUCACCCUCAGCGGCGGUACCAGGACCCUUCGUCCCCGAUCAAGCGCACGCGUCGGGAUGAGAAGGAAAGCAAAAGCGACGCUGGUCUCGGCAUUUCCAUGAAGAACCGCGCGGAGCGUCUUGUGUCCUCCAUGUUUGGCGGCUCUUCCGUAUCCGGAGGUAGUGGUGUUAGCCACGAGCCGUCCGGAAAGGCCAUGGUUCGCGCGCGGCGGCGAAGCUCCUCGGAUGACGGAAAUGACAAACUGGAGGUCCGUCGCUCCAAGAAGACGCAUCGCUUGCGCGAUCCCUCUACGGGUCAGGUCGUUCCGGCCGAUCCUCGCCAGAGCAAGCGCAAAAGCAGUGCUCAGACCGAAGGUGACCGACCUUCACGACGACAGAAGCAGAUCGACUAUCCUGACCCAUCGCACCCGCAAUCCCCUCGCGGACAGGACGACCAAGUGGUCGUGUACGGGCAACCGAACAUCCCCAACGAGCUGCAGCGGGAAAUGGCCUCGCAUUUCUUGUCCCUGGUGACCAAGGGACCCGAGAGCGGACGCGGCUUCUCGGUGAACAAGGUCCUAAAGCGGUUCCAUCGCGACUUUACGGAUGAGUUUGACGGGGAUCGGGGACGCCACCAAGGACAAAGCCGCGCGGAUCGUGAGCGGAGGACAGAUGAUGAAAAGGAUCUCUGGCGGACAUUGCGUCUGAAACAGAAUGAGCGCGGAGAAGUGGUGGUGUUCUUUUAAUUGUUGGAACCAAAUGAGUGGAUAGUAAGAGAGGGUUAUGGAUCUUUGCAUAGCGACGUGUCUGUUGAUUCCGAGUCUGUUCUUAAUCUGUUAAUUGUUGUUAUCAUCAUUAUUAUGAUUGGUCUUACCAUAAUGAAUACGACAUGGAGUCAGC